AAUAAAGUUAAAUCGACACCAACGCCUCCGUGAGAUCCCUCCGCCUAAUUGACUCUCGGCGUGAGCCGCUGCACCUGUCUCCACGCUGCUUCUUCCUCCGCCUCCGCUGGCCGCAUCAUCUCCUCCUGCAGAGCCGAGCAAAGCGGAGCAGCAGCGUCUCUCCCUCUCCAGCUCCAGCUUUAUGUCUGUGAAGGUUGCCCAGCGCCGGUGGGGAUAUUUUAUCGAUGCUCUCCACCUAAUGUGACAAUUUCAUACAACUACUAGAAACACCGGCUGAAGCAAUGGGAGCCUUCGGAGUGUUAAUUGGGAUUUUACAGUACGCGGGACUUUACAUUCAACUUAACGCAGCUCUCAUCGUCGGACACGGCGAGGUGGACAAUCAUAUCUCUGGAAAUGCUCUUUUUACAGAGGUGCCACAUGACAUCACGACGCAGAGCGGUGAGGAUGUAGAGAUGGCUUGUUCCUUCCGUGGGGCGGGUUCUCCCUCCUACUCUCUGGAGAUACAGUGGUGGUACAUCAAGGACCACAGAAAUUGGCAAGAGAAGUCGGCUCAGGUCACAAAUUACGUUGUACCCCUGGAGGAGACGUCCAAAGAUGCCACCAAAAUUAGCGUGGUAAAAGUGGCCGGCAGCAACAUCUCCCACAAGCUCCGUCUCUCUAGUGUCAAGCCGUCAGACGAGGGCACAUACGAGUGUCGUGUCAUUGACUUCAGCGGUACCGUGGCGCAGCACCACAGGGUUCGCGCCUACCUCCACGUGGAGCCUGAGAGCAGUCAGGGGCCUGGUGACGCCCAGCUGCGGGAGGCGGGACACCGGUUGCAGGGGAACAAUCCACACCCCCACCGCGAGACAGAGGGCAGGGAACUGAAGAGGAGGUCAGCCGGCAGCACCACUGACUGUAAUGAGAGCUGCGUGCUUUAGGGCGGGCGGUCUGACUGUCCGUCUGCAUGGUCAUGACUUAUCUCUGACGAGGGGAUGGUCAUCAACACACACGUCACCACAGGGCCAAGGCAUCUGGACCCUUUGUGUUUCAUGGUUUGUUUGUCUAUCUUUAAUAGUGUUGUUUGGAUGCCAAUGCUGUUGAAUGCCAAUAAAGGGCACUAUUUUAUUGAAAGUGUAUAUGAUUAUGUUCUCUUUGUUGCUUUGGUUUUUGUCUUUGUGCUUUUUCCUAUUGCAUUAAGUUUGUGUUUAUGUGGCAGCAAGGCUGUAAUAACAAGGACUUUUAUUUUGUUAUUUUGUUUGAGCAGGACUCCUUCGGUGGCCAAACUCCUAGAACCUUUCCCCACAAAGUUACAGUAAAUGGCUGUAGAGAGUCAGAUUUAUUAUGGCUAUCAUAAAUAAUAAAUAGAGCACAGUUGGAGUUCACUGAUACAGACACAGAACACACCCUUUCCUUUUGCAAUGUGCCAAUUCUUCUGUCUUUUACUAAAACAAUUGCCAAAAGCCGCAGUAUUUUAAUGUAAAUGCUUUUCAAGGAAUAAAAGAAUAAAUUAAGCUUUUUUUCAUUUAUCUGAAAAGUGCAUUGAUUUCAUUUCUGUAAUCUUUGUUUUAACAUUUUGAGAGAAAACUAUGUGUCUUUAGCUUUCUAAACACAACUAUAAUGUUUGUUAAAUACAAAUGUAUGCUUCAUCACAUUAAAAUAAUGUAUCAGUUCUUGUGUAUAUUCACACUUGCACUGUAGACUUUUACUGUUGUCGCUAAAUAAGUUUACUCUGUGCUACUUAACAAUGACUCAAGAAAACAACUAUGGUAUGUUCUUCACUCAGUUUUUGUCACUUUUCUCAGCCACAAUAUAACUUUUUGUCUUAAGCUUUUACAUGUUUGUCAUCUUCUCUUGACUGUGUUAGUGCUGCUGUUUGGUAUCUGUUCUGUUAAAUACAUUCAUUUGAAAUGAA